ACCUGGUACGGGGCUGUUUGGGUUUGGGGGGGGUUCCCAUGGCUCCGAAGGCCGAGUCCCCGCGGCUGGUGCUCCUGUUUAGCGGCAAGAGGAAGUCCGGGAAGGACUUCGUGACCGAUGAGUUGCGGAGCAGGCUGGGGACGGACGUGUGUGCUGUGCUUCGGCUCUCUGGACCCCUCAAGGAGCAGUAUGCCCAGGAACAUGGCCUGGACUUCCAGAGACUCCUCGAUGCCAGCAGUUACAAAGAGGCUUUUCGGCAGGACAUGAUCCGCUGGGGAGAGGAGAAGAGGAAGGCUGACCCAGGCUUCUUCUGCAGGAAGAUUGUGGAGGGGGUCCCCCAGCCUGUCUGGCAGCUGGUGAGUGAUGUUCGCCGGGUGUCAGACAUUCAGUGGUUCCAGUCCUCAUUUGGUGAUGUGACCCAGCUAGUCCGGGUGGUGGCAUCAGAGGAAAGCCGGCAACAGCGGGGUUGGGUGUUCACAGCAGGAGUGGAUGAUGCCGAAUCAGAAUGUGGCCUGGACCACUACGGAACAUUUGAUUGGGUCAUUGAAAACCAUGGUGAAGAGCAGAAGCUGGAGCAGCAGUUGGGGAAGCUGGUGGACUUUAUCCACAGUAAACUGCAGCCCUCAGGGUGUGAGGACUGGGCUGAGGGCAGCUGACUCCCGAGGACAGUGAGGGCAGGUGUAUGCACCGGGGAGAGGGGGAGGACCCACGUACUGAGGCUGCUGUUGUUCUCUCUGCUGAACCAUCCUGGGGGGAGGCCACAGGGCCGAGGCUGGAUGCCAGUGCUGUGGACGUUUGGGUGUGCAGCCUGACGAUUCUGGAUCUGCUCCCCUGAUGCAUACAGUAAUUAAUCCCUGACUCUGGGGCUAGACUAAGACUGAAAGAGUAGAAAGUCAGGAUGAAGUGAACGUGGCCUCAAAGAACAUGGAAAUAUUAUCAGCGAUCUCCAGAUGGCUCCUUGGGGUUCAAAGGAGCACUUCAUAGACUUUGGGCCCCAUCACCCAGAGCUCCAGAGACCCUGUGGUUUAGACAGAGAUGUCAGUCACGGUAACGAUGAUUGACAUUCAUAAACCUUGGCAAGCCGAGGGCACACUCGCUGCUGGGCUGGCAUCUGAUCUCUCAACUGCAGCUUGUUCUUUUCUUUAGGGUCUGGGUUGGGCUGAGGGUGGGGUGAGGUGGUGGGGAGAGAGACCUUGGAAGAAGGCUGGGGUUGCCCUUGUUACAGUUGGCUGGUCCUUCCAGAUCUGCGCUUCUCAAA